GUGAUUCAUGCAAACCUCAAUCUUUCAACACCUAUAAAUAACACCCAAAACCCUGAAGAAAUCAUCAAACAAACAGAUUCAGAAGAGAAAAAACAAAUGGCAGGAACCAAGUCUCAUGGGGUGCAGCAAGUUAUAUUGCUCUUGUUGGUGUCUGUUCUGCUGUGGCAAUCACAGGCACAGGCGCAAAGCUGCUCAACUCAGCUCAGCAACCUUAAUGGGUGUGCACCUUUUGUGCUUCCUGGUGCCAGUAACCCAAGCCCAGAGUGUUGUGCAGCGCUUGGAGCUGUGCAGCAGGAUUGCCUGUGCAGCACCCUUAGAAUUUCCUCCACUCUGCCUUCGCUUUGCCGCCUUCCACCUCUCUCUUGUGGUACAAACUAGAGGAGAUGGCUGAUGGGUAUUACAAGAAAUGAAUAAUGCUCCACUUAUAUCAUUCCUUUCUCUUUUCUUUACUGUUCUUGGCGUCCUUUGAUCUAAAGUCAAUGUUCUUAGAAGUCUGGUUUCGUUGAAUAAAAUGGAAGCUUUUAUCUUUU